AUGGCAAGACUCCCACACUCGGAGCAAAAAAGCUCGUCAUCAAACAUGUCUAAACUUUCAAAUAACCUCAAGGCAUUAAUCAACGCCCCUGCGGCCCGGCCAUCCACGGUGCCCGCACCUGCAAAUAUAACCUCGGUCUACCGAAAGAUCCAAGAGACCGCGCAAUCCAAACAGAUCUCGCAGCCAUCAUGGGUCGCACUAUCAACCGCAGCCACAAUGACCAUGAACUCCCCCGAGUCCCUCACAGCGCUCUACGAACUAGCCAGCUCUAGCACCAGCUCCGACAAACAAGUUGCGACCGCCGAGCUCAUGCGCGAGGUCGGAUUGAAGUGUAUCAGCUUCAACGGCAUCCCUCGCACCAUCAACUGCCUCAACGCCUUCAAGGCCAGCCUCCCGGAUUCCAUCGGCAGCCAACUCUCCCGCACCCCCACUCGCGCGCCAACCCCGGAGAACAUUAUGGCCAUCAGUGCGCGCGGGCACGCUCUCUGGGACUCUAUCUAUCGACCAUUCGAGAAGAAGCUGUAUAACAAAUUGGCCGACUCGCAUCCCGACUUGCCGGUGCAGAUUCUGCACAGCAAUUACGGCGCCCUGUUGUCCGAUCCGGAGCGUGCCACUGGUGCAUCUGCCGGCCGCAUUUUGACGUCUAUUGUUGCUGUGGCAUGCUUGCGCGCUCAGUCGGGGGUGGCUCCGCAGGUCAUUUCGCACAUCUUUGGGUUGCGGAAGGCGCUUGAUGAUGGGUCGUGGGUGAAUGAUGUGGAGAGCGAGGAGACGGCGCGGUGGUUGGCUAGCGAUGAGGGAAACACGUGGAUUUUGAAUAGUGUCGACGCCAUUGUCGAGGCUAUCAGCCAGGGCACUGGGUCGAAUUUUGCUCCUCCGCGGGCAAAGCUGUAG